GUCGCUAACAAAAUCGAAUUGGAGUAGUGGCGUUGAAAUAUAAACUACUGAGAAAAUAUAAAAUAUUCCUCUGUUCUUUUCAUAAAAGUCCGGAAAACAAACCAAAAAUGAAAUUCAUUAUCCUUUUACUGGUCGUGGCUGUUGCCGUGUGUCAGGCAGCUCCUGUGGACGAUGAGUCUGCCGCCAAAUCGAAACGUGGACUACACCUAGGCUUGGGUUAUCAUCAUGCCCCCUUUGUCUCACACUCCUAUGUGGCUCCAGCUGUUGUUCAUCAUGCUCCAGUUAUUGCCCACGCACCGCUCAUUGCCCAUGCUCCCAUCUACACCUCACAUCACAUUGUGCCGGCCUACCAUUCGUAUCAUCAUUUCAAGUAAAAAAAAAAGAAAAUUAAAAACAAAAAAAAUAUUCCAACACCUACAUCAACGCAUCCUUCUUCGAAAAUCUGACUCGCAGACAUGUUUGAUGCAACUUCACGGAAAUUUAUGAAAUUUAUGAAAAAAAAAAAAAAACAAAGGACAACAAAAUAAUUCAACCGAAAAUUUAUUUGACAAGGCUUUC